CUGCUGUUGUAUCGCUACAUCCGCGCAGCCUCUCGCGAGACAGGAAACAGCUGAUCUGGGAAGUUACGCACCAGAAACGAUAUAAACAUUGGCGUUUAUAGAAUGAGCAUAGUAGAUAUUACAUUGAUAUUUCUGUAGAAAUGAACGAAAGGGAAUUUAAGAUACAUUUCACCCCAGGGCACGUGGAGGUGGUGCAGGUAAAAGUUGGAGGGGGCGCAGAAUGGGGGCAUUUUUACUGUUGAGAGAGAGAGAGAACAGCUACAGACUCGAAUAGCUAGCGAAUAAUGUUACAUCACUGUAUUACAAUGAAUUAAUCUAGCUAAUCCUGUUGUAUAGCUAGCUAGCCAGUAGAGUUCAAAUAAAUGAUUAAGAAAUGAUCGAGGCGAAGACUUGUAAUGUCUCGAAUCGUGUCUAAUCGGUUUAGACUCACGGGGCACCCAUUUUGUGACAGGUACUGGGGUGUAUUCAUUACGCCGUGUCUGUUGCAAAACGUUUCGCAACAGAAACCUUAUACUCCAAACGCUGUUGGGUUCUUAAACGGAAGUUUUGGUUCAUUUUAAUUGUAUCGUUUUCACGCGUUGCCCUUUCCAAUCUGAAUAGUCUCUGAAGUGUUUAGUACAAGCUGCACAUCUAUACAUUAUCGAUUAAUUCCUGCUCUAAAGUGGCGUGAAGUCCGCGGGGUUCCUUCCAACUUCUUCCAGCCGCUUUUUAAAAAAGAGAGACGACUGAACUACAGCUUCCUUUUAAGAACAAAACGGAACUCAACAGCGUUUGGUGUAAACGGUUUCUGUUGCAGACUAAAUGUUUUGCAACAGAAUCAGCAUAAUGAAUGCACACCCCUGUUGCUACUAUUAUCAGUACACAGUUCAAAAUGUAAAUGAAAUAUAUAUACAUUUUUAAACAUUAGGCUGUAAAUGAUUAUAAAGAAUUUCAAAAUGAUUAGCUUAGUGUAACUACCAAGUUCAUAUUUAGAGCGGAUGACAACAUCAGUUUUUAUAUUGCCAGGAGUCAUAAAGUUAUACAUUGAUUUGUUAAGUUGUAUUUUUCCUGCGUCUCUUCUUUAGGAGAAUGUGGACAUCCCCUACAGGCGUGUGCUAGUGACAGGGGCCACAGGGCUGCUUGGGCGUGCGGUUUAUAAAGAUUUCCAGAAUAAUGCCUGGCACGCCUUGGGCUGUGGAUACAGACGGGCUCAGCCCCGCUUCCUACGAUGCAACCUAACGGACGAGGAUGCUGUGCGAGCGGUCAUUCAAGACUUCCAGGUGAGGGUCGAAGUCCGCAAUGUAACCGGUGUCUUUUGUCAUUCUGUGUAGGCUGCAGAAUUUUGGAGGUACUGUAUUCCUUGUGGGAAUCAUUGUCGUCAGUAGCUUAGAGGAAAGGCUAAACAGCCCAAAAUGGGAUAAAUGGCUUAGAUAACAUUGUACAUAGUCCUUACUUUAUUACCUUGUGUUGAAUAUAUUCUGUUUCAUCCUACCCCAGCCCCAUGUGAUUGUGCACUGUGCAGCGGAGAGGAGGCCAGAUGUGGUGGAGCAUCACACAGAGGCAGCCCUGAACCUGAAUGUCCAUGCAUCUGGGACUUUAGCUAAAGAGGCAGGUGGGUCUGCUUUUUUAUCGGAAUCAUACACACUCAGAAUUUUCCUAGAUACAUGAUGCACAUAGCAACAAAUUCAGAUGUUGAAUGUAUACAGUUUGUCCUAUAUACUGAACAAAAAUAUAAACGCAACAUGCAACAAUUUCAAAGAUUUUACUGAGUUACAGUUCAUAGAAGGAAAUCAGUCAAUUGAAAUAAAUAAAUUAGGCCCUAAUCUAUGGAUUUCAUAUGACUGGGCAGGGGCACAGCCAUGGGUGGGCCUGGGAGGGCAUAGGGCCACCCACUGGGGAGCCAGGCCCAGCCAAUCAGAAUUAAUUUUCCCCCACAAAAGGGCUUUAUCACAGACAGAAAUACUCUUCAGCAGCACCCCCCCCAUAUACAUAUUUUUGUUCAAUAUAAUAAAUAUACUUAUUUUAUAAGUGUUUCUGCACAGUUUUUAAGUUAACAUCUCUCUUGAUAAUGUGCUGUAUUAAAUAAACAAAUUCACAAAAUGUUCAAAAAUGUACAUUUUUAAAAUUAGCUCAUUUUUACUGUACUGGUGUGCCAUCAAGACGUUGUUGGAAGUAUAAUAUUACUAUUAACAUGUUUCUAAAAAGCAUGUAGGCCUAUGGUUUCUACAGUUUACUGAACAUAUUUUCCUGUUUGCAUUGUGAUAUCUGAAGCUGGGAUCUUCCUCAUCUACAUCAGCACUGACUACGUUUUUGAUGGUCGGAACCCUCCCUACGGAGAGAAUGAUGCUCCUAAUCCAUUAAAUGUGUAUGGCAAAUCCAAACUAGAGGGGGAGAGGGAGGUCCUGAGACACAACCCUGGUGAGUCAACACUACUCAUUCCUUUACAAUAGCCCUAGGUGUCAUUAUGGUGGUCAUUGUGUUUUGUUUUUCGUACACUAUAGUCCUGCUUGACUUCUCGCGCAUCCUUGGCCCCCCUGAUCCCCAAAUGUUAAUCUGUCAUUCCAAUUCCUCCCCUGUGGCAUGCAGGUGCGGCUGUGCUGCGAGUGCCCAUACUGUACGGAGAGGUGGAGCGGGUGGAUGAGAGUGCUGUGACGGUGCUGUGGGACAAGGUUCAGGAGGGGGCAGAGAGCUGCAGUGUGGAGCACUGUCAGCAGCGCUUCCCCACCUACGUCAACGAUGUGGCUCGAGUCUGCAGACAGAUGGCUGAGCGGAGGCUCCAGGUGAGCUCAAACUGACUGGUUGAUAGAACAGCCCUAAGGCAAUGUCUAUGGUCUGGUCCCUUUAUUAUUGAAAUUGUGUUUGUGUGCUUUCCAGGACCCAUCAAUACGAGGGAUCUUCCAUUACUCUGGAAAGGAACAGAUGACCAAAUACGAGAUGGCCUGCGCGAUUGCAGAUGCUUUCAACCUGCCCAGCAGUCAUUUGAUACCGGUAUGAUAGCAAGUGUGCAUUUCCUUUUUCUGUCUUGUUACUCUUGAAUAAACUCGUGUUUAUUGAUCUGUCUCAUCUCAUGCUGUUUCUCCCACACAAAUGCACUUAAAGAUAAUUCUCCAUCUGAACAUUAUUUCCUGAUGCAGUCCUCACCAGCUGUUUAUCUCUCCCCCCCCCCCCCACCCCCUCUGUCCCUCUCUCUUCUUCCCCAGAUGACGGAGCAGCCUGCGGGUGCUGGGGCUCAGAGACCUCAGAACGCCCAGCUGGAAUGUUCCCGUCUCGAGCUGCUGGGCCUCAGCGUGGAGCCCAUCCCCUUUAAGACGGCAGUGAGGGAUAGCCUCUGGCCCUUCCUGUACGACAAGCGCUGGAGGCAGACCGUCUUCCAUUGAUUGCUGUCAGGAGGCCAAACACACUGGAUCAAGAGUGACACUUUACCUACUUCAAGCUUUAUUAUGACUUCUGCCUGCUCCUUAAUUGAGAAUGUAUUUAAUUGUGUAUUAGGAAGCAACUGAUUCAGAGAAUUCAUUGAUUCUUUCCUACUGGAGUGCAGAUUGCUUGUGUACCUAACGCAUGUAGUGGUUUGACCAUUUUGAGAAUUUUGUUUAAAUGCGUCGCUAAAGGAUUUUAAUUCAACAUUCCCUUAUCUGCUGAAUCAAUUCAUUUAGGUAAUUUAUGUGAAGCCACUGUAGAAAACUGAAAUGUCUAAUUUGCCAUACCAAUGAAUGGCAUUGUUAAAUAUAUAGAGUCUAAAGAUGUUACUAAAUACGUGUAUAAUUAUUUAAAGCUAGAAUUUACUUUUUUAUUUUUGUCAAUGGGUUACUGAAAAGUACACCAACAUUUUUUUUUUUUUUACUGAAAUGAAAAACGUGCUUGUUGCUUCACACAAACCCAGGCUGGGUUUUAUUCAAUUGGUGGAUACAUUAUUUUUCUUAGUCUGCAUCAUGCACUGUGCUUGAAUUACAAAUACAAUCUACAAUCCUACUGAAAGACAAAGCAAAAAAUAAAGACAUAGGUAUCUUGUGAAGUUUAUUCCUGCUCCAGUUUGUAAUUCUACAACCUCAAAACUGUGUGCAAGAUGCUCCCACUGAUCCUAAACCUCUUGUGAAGUGAAAUGUGAAGUUGCCUAUUUGAAGACUA